AUGUUUGUUGCACAGAGGAUUUACCCGGAUCCCAUCAUAUCCGCAUCGUUAGAUUCAUUUUUCUCUUCGGUGGCAUCCAACCAAUCACACCUCCCGCACCACAAAAUUUUCGAUCUCUAUUCCAUAUGUUUCCUUCUGUCAUCGACAAGAAGCCCCGCUAGUAUUUCCGCAUCUCCAACACCACAACACAGCAUCAAAUCGUUGCCUCGCAGCGGUGCAUCACAGCCAAAUUGUGGGGCGGAUGCGUAUGUGCCCCUUGGCUGCGCCCCUGUGGAGUCAAAGGGAGGGUGUGAGCGAUCGGGGAGCGAGCCGGCCAUGCAAAAUAUCGAUCCUCGGUCUACAUGGUGGCGUGUUAUGAGCUCUUUUGGCAUCGGAUCAUGCAAGUCCUCCUUCAUCCCCCAGGCAUUCCAACUCGGAGCCGAGAAGAUACAAUAUCUAAAGCCCACAGACAGACCGGUAAGCCCCAAGUAUCACCUGUGUUGUAUGCAAAUCGAUGAGUUCGGCGGCUCUACAUAGAAUCCUCAUCCUGAAAGCGCACUGCAGACUGUCCACCACCCUAGACUAAAUCCUAAACCCCGAGGAUAGUGCCGAGACUCUAUUUGCCAAAG